UUGUGCGUGGCGUUUUGAGUCCGAGAUAGAUGAUUUCAGAAAGCCUACUCAAUGUUAAGGCGUUCUGUUGGGGUCUUAUCAUGGAGAUGAAGCCACACAGUGUCAACGUGUCACCAGAAGAUAAGCCUGUAUGUGGGCAACAGCAACAAAACCUUUGGUUCUCUAAAUUAAGGACAUUGAUAGUGUGAAUCCAAAGUGGCUUUUGAUGAUUUCUAGAAUGUGAUGAAUGAGGCUAAAGUGGAUUUAUUUUUUCAAUGGCAUGAUAAAUGCAAUUUUCAUUCGAUAAUAGCUCAAGAAAAAAGGGUCAGAUAGCCCCCCCCCCACACACGCACACUUUUAAGUAAACAAAUAGAUGUUUAAAAUGCAUAAUACAAUUCCAUACUCCCGGCUGUUAAACUGACCCAAACUAUACAGGAUCAUACAGUGAAAUGGCGGAUAGAUUUUCCAACACGGUUAACAGAGUAACUGCAUCUCUUAAAAAAGAGGAGUGUAAGACCCUAAGGUACCUUUGUACAGAUUUGUUCAACAACAUCUGUGUGGAAGAUUUUAGAGGAGCUUUGUUGGCAUUUGCCAAACAGACACAAACUCAAGCAGGCGAUGCCCUGCUGAUGGAGCUCAUGUUCCGGAUGAAACGCUUUGAUAUCCUAAAGACGGUUUUUGGCACCAGUAGACAACAGGUAGAAGGAAUUGUGAAGAAGGGAGGUGUCCUCUCAGAUUACAGGGUUCUAAUGGCAGAUGUGAGUGAAAACCUGGAGGAUGAGGAAUUGCAAUCUCUUAAAUUUCUCCUGAGCAGUACCUUGCCCAAAGAAAGGCUCGCUAGAGCUACUAGCUUUUUAGAUGUGGUGGUGGAGUUGGAGAAGUUAGAUGAAGUAUCUUGUGAUAAGCUCGACCUGCUUGAACAGUGUUUGAGAAACAUUCACAGAAUGGACCUUGUCAGAAGGAUUCAGGCAUACAAGAAUAGAGGUCAUAAUGCACUAUGUGAAGUCCCGAAGGUUCAGAAUUCUUUUAAGUUCACCCAUGUGCAACGUCAGUCUCCUGUACAACCAGUGAAACAAUCACAGUGCUGUUCUCAAGAGUUGAAAAAUUUGAAGCUUUCAGUGCCUGAAACAGGGACACAACACCAAGAGGCUUUUAUGGAGGAGUAUGACAUGAAUCCUGAGCAGAGGGGUCUGUGUAUGAUUAUUGACUGUGUUGGGUUUGAUGGAGACAUGUUGAAUCAGACAUUUGAGGGUCUGGGUUUCAGGGUCAUUCUCCACUCUCUCCUGGGUCUAAAAGAAACCCAGAAGGUCUUGGAAGACCUGACCUGCGACAAGAUCCUCCACAAGGUCAAUCGCUUCGUCUGCUGCAUCAUCAGCAGGGGAACGGACACUCAUCUAUUGACUAUGGACUCUAGUCGCCUUGGCAUCAGACUGGAGGAUCUCAGGGAGCUUUUCAGCCCAACCCAGUGUCCCUCUCUUUGUGGUAAACCCAAACUCUUCUUCACCCUGAUCUACAGGACCUCUGAAGCCCCAAAUACAUCCUCAAUGGACGAUGAAUACCUAGAGACAGAUGCGCCACCAUGCCACUAUUCUAGGAGGCAAUGUGCGGACGCAAGGACUAUCCCAGUGUCUGCGGAUGUCCUGUGGAGCGUGUGCAGAGCAGAGGCAAAGCUGCUGGAAGCGUCUGGCCACCAGUCUGUUUACAUGCAUGAGUUAAGCUCCGCCUUACUGAGAGGACGUGAGAGAAAGAUGCUUUUAUUGGACGUCAUGGCAGAGGUGAACAGAAACGUGGUUGGUCACAAUCAACAAAAUCCUGGCAAUGAGUUCCACUUUCAACUCUCACACACACUACGCAAGAAACUUUACGUGUAACACUCAGUGUGUUUUUUGUUGUUGUUUUUUUUAAAUGGAAUUAUUGUUUGUGUCAAUAUAGUGGAUUCAUAAUCUGACCAUCAUUGUGUUUUAAGUAUUUUUAUAUGAUUAAUAUCUCCAUUUAUUUAUGUACAUUUACCUGUGGCAGCUAAUAUGACGUUCUCUGUUGCAGUUACAAUGCUAGAGCCUCAUUAAUUAAUUUAUUGGUCAUUAGUCAGGCUAAAUGAAGUUUAUUUGCAUAGCACUUUUAAAAAUACAUAUUGUCUGAGAGCAGCUUUACAAAAAAAUAAUUCCUUAAUGCUCCAAAAGUGCAAGGCAAAGAUGAAUGGAGCGAGGAAAGCAACUCUAUGAGUUAUUUAGUUGACGAACAGAAACUUUGGGAGGAAUCAGCCCCCAUCAUCCUCUGGCAUAACAUUUACAUGUGCUAAAUAUCUAGUUACAUUGUAUGGUGUAGUAUUAAUCAUGUGUGUCCAUUGAAUACAUUUUUAAUAUGGAUGUGGUGAUAUUUGAGAAUCUUGUUGAGUAAUCCAUUUAAAAUGUCUUUCUUUUUCAUUAAAAAUGAUAUAAACAUCAAUAAUAGUGCAUAUGCAAAUUAGCACAAAUAUAUCCUUAUAGCGUCAUAUAUUGAUGUUCUAUGUACUACUGUAUCAGGAGGCUGGAGUUUUGUGACUUUAAUGAGCGUGAUAGACCACCAGAGCAGACCAUAGAGUAAACCAUAUAGGCCUUAAAAAAUGGGUAAUAAUAAUAAAAAAAACUGUUCAGAUUAGCUGCUCUAUUUCAUUAAUAUAUAUGUAGAAUUGGUAAAUUAUAAUCAUAAUAAAUCAUAUACCAAGACAUUGGUAAUAUCAAAUUAUUUAAACAUAUCUAAUUGUCAUCCAAUGAAAUAACGUAUACUCAUGUAAUUAAUUCCUUCUCCCUCAGAGACUUAUGAAUUGGUUAUUGGAAGAUUUGGUAUUAGCAGUUUAAAAGAUGACUGAAUAUGAAAACAGUGACCAGUAUGAAAGUAUUUCUAAAAUAUCUUGCUUUACUAAAUGUGAGAAAAUUAGUAUUAUGAAUAAAAUGCUUUAAAUUUACUUAAAUAUUUUUCCUUCAAUAAUUUCACCUUGCUAAAUCCUUCAAUAUUUAUAUUUUCAAAACGUAAUAUUAAAAACAAUAAGUCAUUGAGUCACGAUAAACAAAUAUUCCUUAAUUUGUGUUCUUUGAAAAGAUAAAGUGUUGAUGCUGAUUUAAUUUGACUGGCAGCUUAUUCUUCCUGAUUGUAUCUUAUUAUUUUAAUUGAAUUUAUUGUUUAAUUAACAUUUUUUAUAUAAGUUAUUACUAUUAAAUAUAAUAUAAAAAAUCAUGCAAUACUGUACCACAAAAUAAGAAGUGUUUUGCAGGCUUGGCUAAUCAGGCCAAUUAAAAAAAAUGUAAGAGAGUGUUAGUGACUUGCAAUAAUGUAUAGCACAUUUGUUUCUUGUAUGAGGGCAGAUUUGUAAUUUUACUUUGCUCACAAUGCAUUAGAAACUACAGACACAGCAGUAUGUUUUCAAAAGAGACUUUGUUCAACAUUGUUUUCUCUUGUUGCACAACCCCACACAUAACUUUCUGUAGAAAUGAAACAUGUCAGACUUGACUGUUUUCCCCAGUUUGCAGAGAAGUGCAACUAAUUUUGUGAGAAAAGAGAAUGUAUUUUUAUGAAAAAAAAAAAAAAAAACUUUCAGUGUUUAUAUUUUAGAAUUGUCAUUUUCCCAAGUUAACAGAGUUUAAUUUUACAGAUCAUAA